AUGUCCAAGGGAGACAACACGGAGGCGUUCCCGGCCUCCAAGGGCGGUGCGGUUGUGAGUACGGUUCGCCAUCGACGGCAAAAGUGGUGGCAGCUGGGCGGCAAGGACAUUAGCCAUGUGUCCAUCGACGCUGGCUACGAAACCUCUCCUUCCUCGGCCUCGUCGUCGUCGUUGGAGGAUGCAAAUAAAAACGAGGGCGUCUUUGUUGCGCCAGAGGCGUUGGAGGUGUACAAGCCCGUCGAGGGUUUUGAAGGCACGCAUCGAUUCGACCCUUCGGCCACAUGGUCACAGCAGGAGGAGGAACAGCUGGUUAAAAAGCUCGACCGUGGCAACAUCUCUCAGGCCCUGUCCGACAACAUGCUGACCGAUCUCAAAAUGAACACCAACGACUACAACAACGGCCAAACCAUUUUCUACUGCUCCUUCCUGUUCGCCGAGCUGCCGUCGCAGCUCGUCAGCAAGAAACUCGGUCCCGACACCUGGAUUCCCAUCCAGAUGGUGUCUUGGAGCAUCGUCGCAGCCUCGCAGGCUGCUCUCAGCGGCCGGACAAGCUUCUACAUCUGCCGCUUCCUGCUGGGUCUGAUCGAAGGCGGCUUCAUCCCCGACGUGAUUCUCUACCUGAGCUACUUCUUCACAAACCCGGAGCUGCCCCGGCGCCUCAGCUGGUUCUGGACGUCGUAUCAGUCAACCCAGAUCGUGGGCGCCUUUCUCGCCUACGGCAUCCUGCACCUCCGCGGCAAGGGGGCCCUGCACGAGGGCUGGAGAUACAUGUUCCUCAUCGAGGGCAUCUUCACCGGCAUCAUCGGCGUGCUGACGUGGCUGUACCUCCCCGCGUCGCCGACGCAGACGGCCCGCCGCAGGUACAAGGGCCUGCUCCGGCCGAGGGAGGGCUGGUUCACGGAGCGGGAAGAGGUCAUCAUGGUGACGAGGAUCCUGCGCGACGACCCCGGAAAGGCCACCAUGCACAACCGCCAGGGCCUCAGCUGGUCCCUGUUCAAGGACGCCCUCCUCGACUACCACCUGUGGCCCAUCUACCUCCUCGGCCUGUCCUGGGCCAUCCCCACGAAUCCUCCGCAGGCCUACAUCACCCUGACCUGCAAGGCCCUCGGCUUCAACACGUUCGAGACCAACCUCCUCACCAUCCCCGCGUACACCAUCUUCAUCAUACAGCUCCUGUUCUGGACGUGGGUCUCGGAGAAGAUCAACCAGCGCGUGCUCAUCGCCCUCGUCACCCAGCUCUGGACACUGCCCUUGCUGGUCGCCCUGGUCGCCCUGCCCCCCGUCUUCCCAAACAGCAACUGGUCGAAAUGGGUCUUGUCGACGCUGCUCGUCGGCCACCCGUACUGCCACGCCAUCCUGGUGGCGCUCACGUCGCGCAACUCGGGCUCGGUGCGCACCCGGACCGUCGGCUCGUCCUUGUACAACAUGGCGGUGCAGAUGUCGAGCAUCUUUGCCUCGCAGAUUUACAGAGACGACGACAAGCCCUACUACUACACGGGGAACAAGGUCCUGCUGGGCAUUGUGGCGUGGAACAUUGUGGUGGUUAUUGGUGUCAAGGCGUACUAUGUGCUGGUCAACCAGCGCCGCGACAAGAUUUGGUCAUCGAUGACGAGGGAGGAGCGGGUUCACUAUCUGAAUACGACAAAGGACGAGGGCAAUUAUGAGCAGGGGCGGUAG